CACAACAAGGCACCUACGAAUAUCAUAACACGUGUGAUAAACUGCCGGUCUCGUUCUUUUCACAAUUAAACGUUAUUAAUGCAAAAAUGAAAUUAAGUAUUUCAGAAAUUUGUAAGUUCAGUGAUUGUACACCGUCUUCCAGAAAUUUUGUUGAAGGCGAAAGAGUCUGGCAAGCUGACCACAUUAUAUUUUGUGGUCAACAAGACAGCGACGAAACUUCAAUUAAAAUUAUAAGUUUCUGCUUACAAUCAUCGAAUUUAAAAUCUGCUCCGCAUCAAAUUAAGGGAGAGAUAAACUUAUGUGGAAGUAUAAUCAAGAUGACAUGCAGCUGUAAGGCUGGUUUAAGUGAAAAGUGCAAGCACAUCGUUGCAGUUUUACUUCAUUUAAAUUCGAUUAACAUUAUGAAUCUGGAACUAUGCUCUUGCACGAAUACAACGUGUUUAUGGUCUGCUUCACAUCAAAAAGCACUGGAAGUUUACGAACCAGCACCUCUUCGAUGUCACAGUUGUUUUGUCAAUGAAUUUGAAAAAGAAUAUGAUUUAAAAAUCACAGGAGAAGAUGAGGAAUUUAUAAAAGAUUUACUUUUUAAAUGCGAUCUGAAUUCAGCACUUGCAAAGGAUAUGUAUGGUUAAAUUUUUGUUUUAUAUUGGUGACUUUUUAGAAAAAUUUUA